AUGACUACUGUAUGGUCACCGCCCCUGUCAGUUCAACCAGGCAGUAACGCUUCUUUCCAGUGCCAGUUUUAUGUUGGAGAGGCUGACAAACCCGUCUUCGAUCACGUCACAGUUGGGCUCUGGAAACGAGGAGGUAUCUCUCUAACGCUUCUGACUUUGACAAAGAGGGGAAGUGUCAUCAUUAAUCCAAAACUAAAUAAAGAGGCCCCGUUGUAUGGUGGAAGAGUUCAUGGGAGGCAAUGGAGUAAUACGACCGCUAAUACUUCAGGGAUAACAGUAGAAAUAGAACAUGUCGAAGAAUCCGAUGAAGGAUAUUAUGGGUGUAGCAUAUUCUUCGGUGCCUUUAAACAGGUACUUGGUGCAUCAGUGAAGAUUAACGUGCAAGGUAGGUGGUGUUGCUACCAAAAUAGUCUACCUACCUAAUAUCGUAAGGUUUUCCCUUACCAUUAACAGAAAAAAAAAAUGGACCUAAAUUAUUACUUAUCGUUUACCUUUUUCUUUUUCAGCGUUAUGUUUAUCUAACCAUAGCAGAAGUCAAAACUAACUAACGAAGAAAUAAUUUUGUCACUGUUAUUAUGACCAAUGUUAUUAUCAUAACCCAGUUUUUAUUAUCAUCAUUCUUAUUCUUAUUAUCAUCAUCAUCAUCAUUAUUAUUAUUACAAUAAUUAUUGUUCAUCGAAUUUAUUGUAUUAGUCUAUCAAGAGCCAUAAUAUUAUGGCUCUUGGUCUAUCUAUCAGUUAUCGCAGGUUUGAGACUAAGGGCGUUAAAAUCACUGCUCUCUUACUCUCCACAAUUCUAACAGUUGGAUUUUGUAUUGGAUUCUGCUUUUUUUCUUUAAAAACAAUUAUUAAUGAACAGAAGAUAAUCGCAGUUACAGUCACAACUUAUGCAGUUGCGAAAAGAAAGCCUAAAAAAUUGAUUCACUGGGAAAACUGGACCUUUUAUAGAGAUAGUAAAAUGUCUGUAAAUUGUAAAUUUAUAGAAUUUUUAUAAGAGUGCAAAUCCUCCCCUCUUUCUCACAGGGAAAACAAAUUGUCUGUAAAAUCAUUUUUGCAGACAUUUUAUAAAGUUUAUUGUACAUAUAUAUACUAAUUAACAAUUAUUCCUCGAGCCCGAAUGGGCUCUGAGUCAAUAGCCCAUGAGGCCGAAGUCUCAACCAAUCAGAACGCAGCAUUGAUAAUGGACCACUAGUUGGAUUUUACUAAUAGUGAAUUAGUAAAAUCCAACUAGUGGUCUAUUAUCAAUGCUGCGUUUUGAUUGAUUGAGCUACUACUAGGCUAUAUGUUAUAGACCACUAGUAGCGAAAAUCGCCGGCUUUUUGGUGGCAAAAAAGGAUUAAAGUCUAGCUUUAAGUAGGUAAAUUUUUUUCUAUUCUCGAUAUUUUUGACCAGCUAGUUGGAUUUUACUGAAACAAUUAUUCCUCUCGCCCUUAUGGCCUCUGAUUCAAUUGCCCAUUCGGCCUUCGGCCUCAUGGGCUAUUGACUCAGAGCCCAUUCGGGCUCGAGGAAUAAUUGUUAAAUACUCUAGGGGGGCACCUUAAAAUCUCUUUAAAUUUCGAUUGAAUUGUACAGAGAAAACACUGGGAUUUUACGGACAUUUUAUGGGAUUUAGUCACGUAAAAUGUGGUCAAAUCUACAGACAUUUUAUAGAGUUCGUAAAAUUUCUGUAAGUGUACAGGUUUAUGGACAUUGCGAUUUACAAAUAAGAUAUAGAGAUUUUACUCAGAUUUUACUAACUUGUCUGAAGUCUAUAUAGGGUCGAAGUUUUCCAGUUGGUUAAAAAAUAUGAAAUUCAUAUAUUUAUUUAGAAAGAAUUAGCAUACUGUUAUUAUCAUUAUUAUUACCAUUACUUUUUAUCAUCAUCAUUCUCAAGCUUAUUAUUAUCAUCAUUAGAUUCCACUUUUUUUCCUACCAAAAACCAGACACCAACACAAACUACGAGCGACAAACUAAGAACAGAGACGUCCCUCAGCAGCCGACGGUUGAAGCGCGAGUUGGUCAAAACAUUUACCUUUCCUGCCCGAAAUUAUGGAAGGUUUAUCAACUGGACGGUAAAUUUAAAGCCCUUACUUGGCGUGUAUGUGCCACGAAAAAUUGCUCUUCCGAGGACACUCAAUGGACAUGGUUAGCAGGUCUAGAAAGUCGGGGAGCGACCCAAACCAUCAAGACAGGUAGCUUUUCACAUCGAUGAAACGGGAUUACUUUCAAUCAGAAGUCCUACCUUAAGGCCCUUACCGUGAGCCACAACUAGCCGGUCAGACCAGUCUAGUUGCAAAAAGAAUUUAAGUGUCAAUCAGAACUCUCCAGCUUUGCAGACGAGCCUUUCCCUCCUAAAUUUUAUGCACGGCAGUGAUGGUUUUCCAUCAAAAAUCGUCAAAACUGAAAGUCGAUUUCUUUUUUAAAAAUACCCGAACGACCGGCCGGUUCUAACUUUUGGUAGGCGCCCUCAGCUUUGUUUUAAUGUCCAAGAAUUCUUCAAGUAGAUUUAAACAAAAUUUUGGAAACGCGUUUAAUAAGUCAGUGUUUUAGGUUGGUUGUUAAGCAGACUGAAGAACGGUAUGGAAUUUCAAAUACACGUAUUAAAUUGUAUGAUAACUUUAUUUUCUAGGCCCUUACUCGAACAGACUAAAUAUUACUCUGAAUGGUACCCUGAAAAUAGAUAAUAUGGAAGGCAGUGAUAGUAACAUCUACAAAUGCAAGGUAUACAGAGUAAACUUCACGUCUCCUGAAUCGUACUUCGUCACUCUUCAUGUUGACACCUCAGGUACGUGAUCAAAGACUAUUUAAGCUUUACUUGAUGCAAGUCUUUUUUGCUGUUUCAUUUGUCCUUCUCGUUUUCUUUGACUAUCAUUUUCUUGUUGCAUCAUUCUUCGUCUUCCCAGAAAAAGCGAUAUCCAAAAAAAGGGCAAAGAAGGUCUGUAUCGUCGCAAUUUGUAAUAAUCAUCGCACCUUUUUAUACCUGUCCCAAUUUCUAAUAAAACGUGCCGCACUUUGAAACAAUAAUAUUAUAUAGAUUUUGCCAAGGCUAGAAGUGAAGGGUCCAUUUAUAUGCUUUUAAUUACUUAAAACCAAAAAAAUGGAACGAAUAACUUCAGAAACUUAUACUUAACUGAUUUUAAAACAAAAAGAGAAAAUUUUAAAUCAAAUUCGAUCGCAGUAAUUGUCUUGGAAAAGAAUUCUUACCUUCACCUGUGCAUCACUGGUCCCCCCCCCCCCUCCCCCCCCCCCCCUCUUCCCACCACACCCCUUUGAGAAGCUAAUAGCCCAUCAAAUUUAAUGUUUUAUCAAGGUUGGUUGUCAUUCACUAAACUAGUUGGCUACGUCCAGUUCAAAGUUUGUUUUUGGUCAAUCUUUCCUUCUUAAAGGGAUUCCACCUAGACAGGCUGUAUUAGCUAAUAAAAUAAUCGGUUGUUAUUUACCCCGGUUAUUUACCUGUGUUUCUUGAGUCUUUAAAUCUGAUCAGAGAUGGUUAACAUUGCCGGCAUCAAAUGUUUGCUUGUCUGGCGCGUCGUAAAUAGGAUCGUCCUAUUUACGUCAGACUUUCACUUUCGUUGAAUCCGAUGGCAAAGGUUUCCUAAACCCCAAAACCAAAUAAACAAACCAGCUUCGAAUAACAGAAGAAUCAUGAUAACAGCUGUAUUUCAUUUUGUGGCGGCAGUGGAAGAACACGAAGACUAAAACUUUAAAAUGAUAAAAGAUUUUCCUGUAGUCGGAUGUAAGAGCCUGCAUGAACUAUCACAAACGCAGCCAUCGAUGAAACCCUAGUCUUGUGACACUCUCCUCGACGAAAAACCAAAUAAACGCUUCAGUUUUGAAAAACAGAAAAAGAAACUCGACAGCAGUUGUAUUCCAUUUGGUGGCGGCAGUACAAGAACACGAUAAUUUUAAAUUUAAUUGAAAUGAAAAAUAGGCUUCAGUUGUCGGCAAACAGAUUUCUAGAUGUCGCAUAAGUUUUCAUUCAUGAAUUCACCUGUCAAAAUUUUGACCAAGCGGGUUGGGGGGAGGUUAUGUUUUUCCUGGAGUGUGACUAAAAGCGUGACUAAGCAAAAAGCGAAGGUUUAGAAGUUUAUUUCCGAAGAUUCGAACACAAGAAACUUCAAUGUAGAUUUUUAUUCGAGCAACUCCGUUGAUUGCCCUUAGGCUGAUUUAGCAACAGGACAGGAACGUCAGUUGACGACGGGAAAGCGCCCGGAAGAGACUAAACACGACUUCCGGUGCUCAAUUUGCUGCUCUGCCAUUGGACAAGCUAGUUGUUUGAUUUGCGCGCGCCGUCGUCAACUGACGUUCCUGUUCUGUUGCUAAAUCAGCCUAAUUUUGCGCCAAAACGAAACGCAACGUACAUGUCUGGGACUCCCUCCCCUAUCCAACUGAGUUUCUUACCCCUACUUUCAGAGUCUGUACGGGCGGUCGGUCGGGCGUACGCUGAUUUUGUGGCGAUGAUAGUUGUCUAUUUUCUUUUAGCUGUGGGGCUCCGCUGCCCGCACUUCGCGCCCGCGUACUCCCCGCUAAAAAAGCUGUCGCAAUUUUUAAUAACUGUCCAUCACACUUUAUAAGAAACUCUCAUUCUCUUGCUAUGAGACUUGCUUUUAUGACUUCGAUCUCCGUCAAGACAUAAAAGUUAUCAUGACCUUUCGCCUUGUUUGUUUUUUUAUUUCCGUUUUCACUGUCGGAGCAUUCAUAAAAUGAUCGUGUGUGCGUUCAUUUUUGCUAUUUUCUGAGAGACUAGCAGAAAUCUAUUUAAAGAGCACUAUCGAGUGUCCACAUGCUCCGAAAAACUAAGCAAAAUAACUUAGAAAAUCCAACAGCUAGUAGAGGUUUUCUUCUUAUUCUAAAUACAUAGAUUUAGCCAGAGCUAAGCGCAAAGCUCUCGUUAACAUCUAUAGUUUACUAAACAAAAUGCAAAAUCGUGUAACGCCAAGGGGCGAAAGCAACGAAAACAGCCAAAAAAUUAGUAUGUCUAAUUAACCAAAACAAAAAACUUUGCACGUGUAGCACACUUUUUUUCUAAUUAGCAAAAAACAACUUUACACGCUUUUUUUGUACAUUUCUUUGCCGUUGUUUUGCACGACUACAAUGUUAAACUUCCAGAAACUUCCUAAUUACACAUUUUAUGGAGGUAAUGCUGUAUGUGUUCCUGUUCAUUUGUUUUCGCUGCCGCUCAUUUUCACCUUGCUGGCAGCUAGAAUUUCCCCUUUUUCUCACCACCGCUAUAAAAUUUUAAGUUUUUUUCCAACGAAAUAAGUCUCCUUUGGUGUUUAUCUCUCGUUCUAGCUCUUCGUCUGUUAUCCACGUCAAUGUAGACAUUGAAAUUAAGUCGAAAGAAAGAAUAGGCUUUUGUUGUUGUUUUUAUCUCUAAAAGGCUGGGAAGCUACGCGAUUUACCGCCGAAACGCGCGGAUGCUUGAAAUGCAAAAUUUCAUCCCGGCUUACAUGAAGGGGUAGAAGUACGUACGGACGACUUUCUCAGAAUCAAAAUUUCUUGGAUGCAUAGAUUUACCAAAUUUUCUUACCCAUGGUGCUCUGCAGCGCGCGCGAGAGCUCCGCUAUUAUUUCAAAUCUCAUUAAUAUUCAGAAGGCAUAUUGUCCAAUAGACUUCACGAAUUUGUUCACGUGGUAAGACCUUUACACCCGUUAAAACUGAACAAACUGAAAAGCGCGGGGAGGAUUUCAGUCUCAAAGGAAAUAUGGGGUUGAAUGACUGAACAGUGGAAUUCUUAUUAAAUGAACAUUUGAUCUAAAGAAAACUACUAGAUAUGAAAUUUUCUACAGUACGAUCCUCCUUAUUUGCAACUAAAUGAGGAGGCAAAAAUCUAACAAAAUAACUAUCGAAGACAGAAAAAAUCUUCAUCCCAAAAUGAACAUAAAAUCGACAGCCAAUCGGAACUUAUUUUAUGAAAUAUGAAUUUUUUUUAACCGAGAAAACACCAAACUAAUCCAUUUCAAGAUUCAGACCACGAGAUGUUCUCCAGGGAAUUUGCCUUUUGUCUUUUCAUUAAUUAUGCAUACAUAGGCACGUGGCUUCACGUGCACAAGACAAAAUUUGAAAAAAAAACAGUUCUGUGGGGUACCGUCACGUGGUCUGAAAUGGGAAAAAAACUUACAACCUAAAAAAGUCUAUUGUUACCGAGCCAAGAAUGAGUUGGCGAAAUGAGACACAAACAAUUCUUACCAGUUUGCCAUAAGCCAUUUGCACGAUGACGUCAUUUUACUACUACAACCAGAAUCCUUCAGAUAUUGCUUUCUAGUGCAAAUUAGGGCUUUUGUUAGUUAAACCUCGCUGGGAUUACCAAAUUUAAAUAUGAAAAGAAAAACGAAAAGGAUUCUGGUUGUAGUAGUAAAAUGACGUCAUCGUGCAAAUGGCCCAUAUAUUCCGUGAAACUUAUCAAAUACCCAUCAUUUCGCGUUGUAGAUAGAAUUAGCGACCCUCUCCGCCAGCAAAUUUCUCCUCUUAUAUGACUUUUAACAGUAGAAAUUUCUUUCAUUUGGAUAGCCGUAUUGCAAAGGCAUGUGGAAUGUGUACUUCAGUUGCACAGUGUAUUUGCAUGACUGUGGCUGCUUUUGUUUGACAUUUUUCAAUGAACAGGUUUGAAAAUUUCUUUUGAAAUGGAAUACUCCGGGGACGUUUUUUAAGCUUUUCAAAACACUCACAGCACGUCUUUUUUAACCGGUUAACUACGCUGAGCGAAAUAAAUACGUCUUUAACUUAGAUUUAAAAUUGGCUUAAGUGCCCGCAUUUCUGAUUUUCAAAGGCAACUUAUACCAAAGUCUAGGAGCAGCGGAUGCAAAAGAUCUAUCCCCCAAAGUUUUCUUCAAUCUGGCACUUGGUAGUUGGAGAAGUAUGCCAGCGUUCGAUCGCAGACUCUAUCUACACAUCUUCCUAACACUUAUCAAAUUACUUAAAUACUCAGUGUAGCGACAUGAAUUGCGUUAAAUGUAAUAAUGAGUACUUUGAAAUUGAUGCGAUAUUCAAUAAGUAACCAGUGUAGAGAGCGCAACACAGGCAUUAUGUGGUCAUAUCUAGAUAUCAUUUACAAAUUGUACGAGCAGCUGAAUUCUGAACACGUUGUAGUUUUCCCAUCCUCGGAGACCCAGGGGCAGAUAGUGGGGGCGAGGGAAGUCUAAACGGGCGGAAGAAUAAGGCACGAAAAAAAGGAAAAAACGGCGAGAAGAGCUCUUCUGGCCGUUCUUUACUUUUCUUUUGUGCCAUAUUUUUCCGCCUGUUUAGACUUUCCCUCGCCCCCACUAUCUGCCCCUGGGUCUCCGAGGAUGUAGUUUUCCUAAAGGCACUGCAGGUAGACCGAAGAGAAGGCUAUUGCAAUAAUCAACUCGUCCCAUAACAAGUGCACGAACUAGUGUUUGAGCGGAAUCAUUACAUAGAUAUUUCCGAAUCCGCCGAAUGUUAUGGAGAUUGAAAUAGGCAGUUUUACAGGUCUUAUUAAAAUAAGACCUGUAAAACUUUGAAGGAACAUAUUUUAAUACGUUCCUUCAGAUUUAGAUUACCGUCAAACCAAGCGGUUCCGAGAUUUUUCGCACCCGUGACAGGGCUUACUCUUGUAUCACAGAUCGUAAGGUGAUCAAUAUUGACUUUCUCCAACUGCUGUCUAGUACCGACUAUCAUAAAUUCAGUUUUAUCGUCUAAUCUUGAGUUUGUCCAUAAUCAUCCACGAUCGUUUAUCUCUAAUACAGCGCCCAUUGCGAAGAAGAAGAUAUUAUUGUCGACCAAGUAAGAUGAAUAAAUCUCAAAACGUUUAUUACAAAUUGCGGAGCUUAGUUUAGUACAAACUUCGAUGGACAGUUAUUACAAACUGCGACAGCUUUUAAUUUAUUAAGAAUGACGAGAGGUAUUACAAAGUGCGAUGGAUUUAUUACAAAUUGCGACAAGUAUUACAAAGUGCAAUGAUUGUUACAAAUUGCCACAGUACAAGGUCCCCUCUACAAUGUCGGGAACUGUAUCAUGUCAAGAAUUAUUGCCAAAAUUUUUUCUUAAGUGGGACAUUUGACAUUGCCGAAAAUAAAAGUCAAUGAAAGUUCGUAACUACGCACUUUCCACAAUAACUCUAUUUUUUUAUUUGCAAACUUACUUUUCAGUGUCGCCAAAAUUUACUGAACGGGAGCCGAGUCGAGUCCAUGUGCAGCUAGGAAGCGUCCUUUUCUUAAAAUGUAAAGCAGAGGGAGUUCCCAAACCUGUUGUAACGUGGCGAAAAGACGGUCCACUCAUUCAGAACAAAACAGACGAGACAUACUUCAAACGCGAAAAUGCCAGUAAAGAUGAUGAAGGAAAAUACGAAUGCGAGGCUUCUAAUUCAGCUGGAGUGAUCACAUAUAAGGUGGACGUAAUUAUAAAAGGUACAAAUCAUUUUAUUGAGGUAACGAAAAACUUAAAAAAAACAAGCGGUUUGUUGAACAGAUUUCUUCAAUUUAAUUGAAAUUGAAAAUAUCAUUAAAAAGCGCAGUGAGGUAUUGACUCUCUUCCUCAUAUGGGCAAAAAAAAGACAUUCGCAUGUACACAUUCGCUUGUUUUAACGUAUCAAGUCUUUCCUAUUUUGGGCCAGUGGCCCUUACUGGGGACAUAAUGCAUGCCUCACACAUAUAGAUUUUUAAACAAUUACUUAUGCUCAAAUCUAGAAACUAUUAAACCAUGAUACUAAAAAGCCUGAAAAAACGUGGAAAAGUGUCUUUUAAGUAGUCAUAAAUUCAAGUCUUGUAACGUAACGAGCAUGUAUGUUUUUUUUGUAAAUGCCAUACGGUUGCUUUUGCAACGGUCUCUCCAUGCAUUUUAUCAAGUUUGCUUUAAAUGCAGGCCGCUCAGGAAGGCUUGAAAUGUAAGUAGUGUACUGUGUUGCCUAUUAAAUCGAAACUUUUUGUUACUUCAGGAAAAGACUCCAGCAACAGCAGCAGCAACAACAACACAAACAACAACAAGGACUGGGUGAUCAUUGCAAUUGUUUUUAUUAUUCUAUUUGUUAUAGGGUUUAUAGGUGCUGGUGCUACAUGGUAUUUUUGUGUUUUGAAAAAGAAAAUGAACACGUCACAGAAUUCUCCUACAGUGCGCUAUAAUACCCAGGAGGAACAAGCUGCCUUGCAACCACAGACAAACUUUGUCUGA